AUGCAAGAAGAGUCACGUACAGACCUUGCCUCUCUCUACUCUGGUGGUACUCCGCCGACAGAGGGAGCUAUUUCCAAUCUAUUGGCAAAUAGAUACAAGCGCAAUCUACCAUAUACCCAGUUGGGAUACUCAAAUCUCGUAGUCAUCAACCCUUACCAACCACUAGAAAUCCUCAACGAUGCCACACUUCAAUCAUACGCCCAAACAGGAUACAAAGAUUUGUCUGAACAAAAGCCCUUUUUGCAGCCACACAUUUAUGAAUUAGCCACCCGAGUUUAUUUUCAUAUGCGACGUACAGGAGAAGAUCAAAGUAUUGUCUUGAGCGGCAUCACAGGGUCUGGUAAAAGCACAACUCGAACACAUUUCCUUUCUGAACUUCUACAUUUAUCCACACAUAACAAAAAGGAAACUAAACUAAGCUCACAAGUCCAGAACGCCCUUGUUAUCAUUGAAGCCUUUGGUCAUGCUCGUACCACACAAAAUGCUUCAGCUUCUAAGUUUGGCAUGUUUCAAGAAAUUCAAUUUAAUGAGCGGGGCCGUAUUCUGGGCACAAAGACACUCACCUAUCAGUUUGACAAAUCGCGCGUCACUCAAGUACCACCCAACGAACGAACAUUCCACGUCUUUUACUCUCUUUUGGCAGGAACAACCAUUGACGAAAGAACUGCAUUACACAUCAAUUUCAAGCCUGAGUAUUUUAAUUAUCUUGCUCAAUCUGGAUGUAUUACGGCACCCAAUUGGAAUGAUGAGAUUCAAUUCAGUGAACUAAAAAGUGCUCUGAAGGCAUGUGGAUUCAAGGCCAAGAAUGUCACUCAAAUCUUCCAAUUGCUUGCUGCCAUCCUUCAUCUUGGUAACUUGCAAUUUACCGAAAACACAGAUACUUUGGCACAAGAAGCUUGUGUGGUAAAGAAUACUGAUGUCUUGGAUAUUGUUGCUGUUAUGUUGGGUGUAUCUCCUUCUAAAUUAGAAACAUGUUUGACUUAUAAACUCAAGCUCAUCGGUAAAGAAGUCUGUACUGUCUUUUUGAACCCUCAAACAGCUGCUGAACAACGUGACGAUCUUGCUCGAGCUCUCUAUAACGUCUUGUUUUUGUGGAUUGUUGAAACAAUCAAUCGAAAGAUUUGUUAUUCUGGCGCAGAAGAACCAGCUAAUGUUGUUGGCAUCAUGGAUCAAUUUGGUUUCCAAAACUUCCCUACAAACAGCUUUCAAGAAUUUUGUGUCAACUUGGCUAAUGAACGUAUACACCAAUUCUUGGUCAAUGAACACUUCAACAAUGAUUAUGGCUUGAAUGCUACCAUGACCCGUGAUGGUGUUCCUUUGCCUUCCCUUAUGAUUCCUGAUAAUUCUGGAUGCUUAGAACUGUUGCUUGGUAAAGACAAGAACCAAUUGAUUGAAGACGUUAGCAACAAGAAGGAAGUCAACAAGUCUUCUUCUUUAGGGUUGGGCGGUAUGGUUGGCUUGAUGGAUCGUGAUACAGCUAAGCUUCAAGCUGGUGCCUCUGAUGCUAGUAAUGCUAAUCUUUUGGCUUCUUUACAACGUCAAUACUCCAACCACGCUUCACUUUCUCGUGGUGCCAAUGCCUAUGCUUUUGGUAUCAACCAUUACUCUGGCACAGUUCAAUACUCUGUCGACAUGUUUUUAGAAAAAAAUUUGGACGAUCUGUCGCCUGAUUUUGUCAACAUGUUAAGAGACAGCAGCUCUAAUGCCUUUUUGUCUUCAUUGUUUGAAGGUACUUUGAUGGCAACUGAAUCCCAUCCCAAGGAUAUGCGUACUAUUGUCAAGGCACAACUUUCCAGUAAACCCACGCGUGGUCCUUCCAUGAGAAGAAGAACAACAAAGCGUAGACCCAAUGCUGACAAAUCAGCCAACAAUCCUCCUUUACCUGAAAUUGGCGGUGCCAGCAAAGAAGAUGAAGAGUUAGCUAAACAAAUCAAACAAGCAGAAGAAGCUUACGAAAACAUGCAACAAAUGACUGUGCUUGAUCAACUAUAUGUCACAUUGCGAGAUAUCACUUUUUCAAUGCAAGACACUAAGAUAUAUAACGUUAUUCACAUUCGACCUAACGAUAUUCAAGCACCUGAAUAUGAUCAUAGCCGUGUCAAAUCGCAAAUACAUGCCUUCUUGAUUCCAGAUUUGGUUGUGCGUAGUCAAUUUGAAUAUGCAAACUAUUAUACUUUUGGUGAAUUCCUCAUGCGAUACGAAUCAUUCAUUGCUUCAUUACAACUUCAGGAUGCUUCGCUUUCAGAUAAAGAAAAAAUCGAACGUGCCUUAGCCAUCAUGAACUGGAAUGCUUCAAGUGUUUUUGUGGGUCAUGAAAUGGUAUGGCUGAAAUAUGAGAUUUGGAAAGAGCUAGAAGAUGGAUUACGUUUGGCCGAAAAAGAAGAAAGAGCUCGUACAAAAGCAACUGAUUUUGAAGCUAGUAAUAUUGAUUCCAAAGGCAUGAGUCAGACAGGAAGUUAUCCAGCACAGGGUCAAUAUCUCUUAUCUGAUAAUUACAACUACGGUGAUGACGAAAUGCGUCAACAUUUAGCUCAUCCUGGUGGACAUGGUUACGAAGACAACAUCAGUUUUAAUUAUAGCGAAGACAAGCGAGAAGUCGAUGGAAGUCAAUGGGGUGAAGAAUCUGAAUGGGGUAUCAACGGUCUCUCUGAGGGAUUCGGUCCUAAUAUGGAUAUGAGUAAAAUGAUUGAAGACAUUCAAGCACCCAAAUUCGAAAAUGUUGAGGAAGUGCCUAUUACUGCUACUCGUCGAUGGUGGGUUCGCUUUGUCUGGCUCUGUACAUUCUGGAUUCCUUCAUUCUUACUCAGUUGGAUUGGUAAGAUGAAGCGUUCUGAUAUUCAAAUGGCCUGGCGUGAAAAAGUCACUAUUUGUAUGGUUAUUGCCUUCCUCUCUGCUAUUGUAUUGUUCUUGAUUGUUGGUCUUGGUGAAGUUGUAUGUCCUGGUACUAAAUACAUGUACUCUACAAGCGAUGUUUCUGCUCAUAAUGUUGAGAAUGACAAUUACAUGAGUAUUCGUGGUAAUGUAUAUGAUAUGACCAAAUUUGCAAAGUCCAAGCAUGGUUCUUCUGGCUACACUGCUACUGAAGACGAAAUGACUACAUUGGCUGGUUAUGAUGUUUCUUCUUCUAUUCCUCCUCCAUUGACUGUUGCUUGUUCUGGACUUGUUACCACCUCCACUGUCAAGUUGAUUGCUAAUACAACGGUCAUUCCUCAAUCUUCCUUUGUUCAUUACUCUGGUGAUCAAUUGGCUAUUUCUACCUUGACAGACAUGUCAAAUGCCUACUGGUACUGGCAAACAUUCUUGCCAAAGAUUCAAGACUACAGAAAGGGUUCUCUUGUGCAUCUGAUAUCCGAUUUGAAGGCUGAUGCUGAUGGUUGGGGCCGUAAUGUGUUGGCUAUAAAUGGCAAAGUAUAUGACAUUCAAGAUUACACCAAUACAGUUUCUAUUUAUGGUAGCACUAAUGCAGAAUACAGCUUUUUGAACGAAGUAGUCACCGAUUUCUUCAACAACUAUAGAGGAACAGAUGCUACUGAAGCAUGGAACACAUACAAAAACAAAAUGACAAGUGAAGAACAAGAUAUGAACAUGGCUUGUCUGGACAAUUACUUUAUGAUUGGUCAAGUUGAUGAACGAAAGACAGCCCGUUGUAUGUUUACCAACUAUCUCUUGCUUGUCUUGGCUUGUUUCAUGGUGAGUGUUACUGUAGUCAAGUUUUUGGCCGCUUUGCAAUUUGGUAGUGCUCCUACACCUGAAGAUCAUGAUAAGUUUGUCAUCUGUCAGGUUCCCUGUUAUACGGAAGAUGAACAGUCUUUAAGAAGAACCAUUGACUCUCUCACUACACUUAAAUACGACGACAAGCGUAAAUUACUCUUUUUGAUUGCUGAUGGUAUGGUCAUGGGUAGUGGUAACGACCGCCCCACUCCUCGUAUUGUGCUUGAUAUUCUUGGUUAUGACACCAAAAUCGAUCCUGAACCUCUCAUGUUCAAGUCAAUUGGCGAAGGUUCUAAACAACUCAACUAUGGUAAAGUCUAUUCUGGUCUGUAUGAAUGCGAAGGCCAUGUUGUUCCCUAUAUCGUAGUUGCCAAGGUCGGUAAAGCUUCUGAAAGAGCCAAACCUGGUAACCGUGGUAAGCGUGAUUCUCAAAUGAUUUUGAUGAACUUUUUGAACCGUGUUCAUUUUGACUCUGAAAUGACACCUUUGGAACUUGAAAUGUACCAUCAAAUCAAGAAUGUGAUUGGUGUAAACCCCAGCUUUUAUGAAUACAUUCUCAUGGUGGAUUCCGAUACAGAAGUAAUGGAUUACUCGCUCAAUUAUUUGAUUUCUUCUAUGCUUCAUGAUGGUCGUGUUAUUGCUAUUUGUGGUGAAACAGCUUUAGCAAAUGAAAAUCAAUCAUGGACUACUAUGAUUCAAGUUUACGAAUACUAUAUCUCUCACUAUUUGUCCAAGGCUUUUGAAUCUCUGUUUGGCUCAGUUACUUGUUUGCCUGGUUGUUUCUGUAUGUACCGCAUUCGUACACCCGUCAAGAAUGAACCACUUAUUAUUUCACCUCAUGUCGUCCAUGACUAUUCUGAAAAUCAUGUUGACACAUUACACAAGAAAAACUUGCUUUCUCUUGGUGAAGAUCGUUACUUGACUACCUUAAUGAUGAAAUACUUUCCUCAAUACAAGAUGAAAUUCACACCUUAUGCUAUGUGUAAGACAGUCGCCCCGACAAGUGGCGUGUGCUUCUUUCUCAACGUCGUCGUUGGAUUAACUCUACAAUUCACAACUUGUGUGAAGUUGUCAUGUUGCCUGACCUCUGUGGCUUCUGUUGUUUCUCUAUGCGUUUUGUUGUGUUGA